GCAGCGGCCCAGGCGGGAAGCUCGCAGGCUCUUCAGUCUGGGGUGGUUCUGCAUCCGCAGGGUCGGAGCGGACAGCGCACGUUGGGGGCUGUCACGUGUGAGAAGGGCACCACAGUGCUUGUAGGGGCGCGCAGGGUUGGAGGCUGGGGCCCGCAGUGCAUGCUGGGGACUGUAGUCCGGGCGUGUGGCGGGAGUAGCACUCGUGCACCUGCCGCUAGUCUCAGCUACGGGCAGGGACUUGGGUCUGAAGCGAGGGCCGUGGGGCAUGCUGGGGAAUGUGGCGACCGUGGCCCUGUUGCAAGGCAUGCGGGGACGUGUAGUUUUCUCUAGCCGAAAGUGGUCGGGGAUGUUCAUGCUGUUUGUAGUUUGGCUGGAUACUCUGGGCAGUGGGACCCAGGGACAGAAUUUAGGCUCUGCCUGUGGCCUUGAGACGCUCCCGACUGGCAGCUGGCCGCUUCUAAGUGGUGUACUCCCCCACCAGCAGACGCAGCUAAGCAGGGACAGGUGUUCUUGGUUCCUUUCCCCAGGGACCAGACCUGACUCAGUCACUCCCAGACCCCUCUUGCCUCAGACGUGGGCUCCCUUGCGUCUGAGCCGGAGAAGGGGUUCCUUCCACAAGCGCUCUUCCCGCUGCCUCUCUGCUGGCAGAUAUCUCACCACCAAGGAGCAGUUCCACGAAUUCCUGGAAGCCAAGGGGCAGGAGAAGCCCAGCCAGGGAGUCGAGGCAGGAGACCCUGGUGGCAAUGACCUGGCCGAACCUGAGGCCAAGCGCAUCCGACUGGAGGAUGGGGAGGCGGCCGAACCCGGGGACAAGCCGAAGGUUCAGAAGAGAGCCCGGGGCCAGAACAAGGGCCGGCCCCACAUGAAACCCACCCACUACGACAAGAAUAGGCUCUGCCCCUCCCUGGUCCAGGAAUCAGCAGCAAAGUGUUUGUUUGGUGACCGCUGCCGCUUCCUGCACGACGUGGGCUGCUACCUGGAGACCAAGCCUUCGGACCUGGGCCCCCGCUGUGUGCUUUUUGAGACCUUUGGCAGGUGCCCCUAUGGCGUGACCUGCCGCUUCGCCGGGGCCCAUUUGGGACCCGAAGGCCAGAACCUCGUGCGGGAAGAGCGGGUCCAGGUCCCGCUGGUCCGGAACGGCCUGGACAAGGCCCUGCAGCAGCAGCUGCGAAAGCGCAAGGUCCGCUUCGAGCGCGCCGAGCAGGCCCUCCGCCAGCUGAGCAAGGGCCACCUGCCAGGCCCCUCCCCAGAGGCCGCGGUCCCUGACAUCUCGAGGGCUGAAGGUGCCCCUGGACAGGACAGCGGUGACACCCAGCAGGCCCUCCUGGAGCCAGGCACUGAUGCCCCAGCCAGCGCCUCGGAGCGGACCUGUGGACCCCUGACAGAUGAGGAUAUAGUCCGGCUGCGGCCUUGUGAGAAGAGAAAGCUGGACCUCAGCGGCAAGCUGUACCUGGCCCCCCUCACCACGUGUGGGAACCUCCCCUUCCGGCGGAUCUGCAAACGCUUCGGGGCUGACGUGACGUGUGGGGAGAUGGCCGUGUGCACCAGCCUGCUGCAGGGCCAGACGUCCGAGUGGGCCCUGCUCAGACGCCACCCCUGUGAGGAUGUCUUCGGCGUGCAGCUUGAGGGCGCCUUCCCUGACACCAUGACCAAGUGCGCCGAGCUGCUCAACCGCACCGUGGACGUGGACUUCGUAGACGUCAACGUCGGGUGCCCCAUCGACCUCGUGUAUAAGAAGGGCGGGGGCUGUGCCCUCAUGAACCGCACGGCCAAGUUCCAGCAGAUCGUCCGCGGCAUGAACCAGGUGCUGGACGUGCCGCUGACCGUGAAGAUCCGCACCGGCGUCCAGGAGCGCAUGAACCUGGCCCACCGCUUGCUCCCUGAGUUGCGGGACUGGGGCGCGGCCCUGGUCACGCUCCACGGCCGCUCCCGGGAGCAGCGCUACACCAAGCUGGCCGACUGGGGGUACAUCGCGCAGUGUGUGACGGCAGCCAGCCCCAUGCCGCUGUUCGGAAACGGGGACAUCUUGUCAUACGAGGAUGCCAACCGUGCCAUGCAGACUGGCGUCGCGGGGGUGAUGAUCGCUCGGGGUGCCCUGUUGAAGCCGUGGCUGUUCACGGAGAUCAAGGAGCAGCGGCACUGGGACAUCUCGUCCUCCGAGCGCCUGGCCAUCCUGCAGGACUUCACACGUUACGGCCUGGAGCACUGGGGCUCGGACACGCAGGGCGUGGAGAAGACCCGCCGUUUCCUUCUUGAGUGGCUGUCCUUCCUGUGCCGGUACGUGCCCGUGGGCCUCCUGGAGCGGCUCCCACAGAGGAUCAAUGAGCGGCCGCCCUACUACCUGGGCCGCGACUACCUGGAGACGCUCAUGGCCAGCCAGAAGGCGGCCGACUGGAUCCGGAUCAGUGAGAUGCUGCUGGGACCCGUGCCGCCCAACUUCGUCUUUCUGCCGAAGCAUAAGGCCAAUGCGUACAAGUAGCCGCGGGCUGGGGAGGGCGUCGGACGGCCCAGUGGGGCCCCCUGCUGCAUGAGAAGACAAUAAAUCUUAUUCUUUUAAAACCCAGGCCUUUCUGUGACCCCAAGGCUUCCCCGUCCCACUCUGGGGUUUUGUCUCAAUGCAGGGCUGACCCUCUCCCCAGCACGCACUUGUCCUUUCUCAUUGACAAGAGUCUCCUAGUCGCCCCUAUGGGCCCAGCCCUGUGCUGGCCACCACGGCUCCCCAGAGCGGCUUUACCCACCAAGAAAGCGCUAGGCACUCACGAGCCAGGGGCCUCGGCCUACGCAGGUGUGAAUCAGGGUGGGCUACCUGAAGGAAGGAGCCCUAGAGAUGCCCAGAGCAUGGAGGCAAAGGCAGAAGGCAGCAGCCGGAGUUCGGGGUCUGCCCCGCUUUUUGUGAGGUCGGUCUCUGACUGCCUUG